GUUGUUGUUCAGUGGAAAAGAAUGGUAAUAAGCUCUGCUUCUCUCUCUUGAUCACCCCGGUGAUCCUUUCCAAUUUCACUCCCACUGGUACCAGUGCUUUCUUUGAAUGUAUAACUUCUGUUCCUUCAAUCUGUAGAUCUUUCAGACAUCUGCCUUUGGCUUCGGGAGAGUAGGGUAGAAGUUCUAGCUGGGUAUAAAUUGCACAUAACCAUCUCCCCAACCUAUCUGCAUAAAGAAACCAGUCUUCUGUCCUAAAAAUGUUUUGCAGUUUAAGAUCCUUUCCUGUUCUAGUGAGCAGUGACUUUCCUACCUAGGAUAACUGAUCAUGGGCUUGAGGAAGACUAGAAGGAAGCCAAAACUCAGAAAGGGACCCUGGACUUGGGUUGCAGGGGUGGGUAUGGGUUUACGAACAACUGGGGUCCGUGAGGCCGCAGGGUGGCGCCAAAGUAAGGAUCGCGGAGAGAGGCUCACCGGCCCAGCAACUACACUUCCCAGGAGGCCGUGCGCGGGCGCCUGAAGCGGGGCUAUCGGAAGGGCGUGACCUGCAGACGGUCAUGCGUGAGGCCCUCGCGCGGCGCAGAUGGCUGGGCCGGUUAAGGACCGCGAGGCCUUCCAGAGGCUCAGCUUCUUGUACCAGGCCGCCCACUGUGUCCUUGCACAGGACCCCAUGAACCAGGCGCUGGCGAGGUUUUAUUGUUACACGGAGAGGACCAUUGCAAAGCGGCUGGUCUUGCGGCGGGACCCCUCGGUGAAGAGGACCCUCUGUCGUGGCUGCUCUUCCCUCCUCAUCCCGGGCCUCACCUGCACCCAGCGCCAGAGACGCUGCAGGGGACAGCGCUGGACAGUACAGACUUGCCUAACAUGCCAACGCAGCCAACGUUUCCUCAAUGAUCCUGAUCAUCUACUCUGGGGAGACCGGCCUGAGGCCCAGCUGGGGAGCCAGGCAGGUGAGAGGUUUGUAGAGAAAAAUUGGGGAUGCCCCAGGAAGAUAGGGGUGAUGGGGGACAUAGAGCUGAAAGGACACACAGGUGGAUUCUGGAUUGCUGUGAGAGGUGCUACAAUCUGAAAAAACUCAAAUUCUCAUCUACCCAGAUCUCAAACCACCACAGUCCCUGCCAAACGCAGCCCACCCCAUUCCAGCCCACCUCCCUGAGGAGAAAGUGUAGCCUCAGAGCUCUGGUCACCAGUGAUGGAUUCACCCUAUCUUUCAAAUAAAUAAAAAUAGUUCUGUUUCA